AACUAAAUAUUGGCCUGAUGUUACUCCGGAUGAUGUUUUGAGAGCACACUCGUAACUCGGCAGCAGAGCUCGGAGAGUAUAUAAGAGGAAAUUAAUACCAUACGUUAAUAUUUAAUAAAAAUGGAGGAUCAAGAAAUGCAGUUGAAAGUAAAAAGAGUGACUGAUAAAUUCACAGAGAGUAUGUAUGUCCUGGCCAACGAACCGUCCAUAGCGCUUUAUAGGUUACAAGAGCACGUGAGAAGAUCCCUGCCAGAGCUCGUGCAGCACAAGACAGACAUGCAAAGUUGGGAGGAACAAAGUCAAGGAGCAAUCUACACCGUUGAAUAUGCAUGCAGUGCGGUUAAAAGCAUGUCGAAUAGCAGUCUCUAUUUCAAGAACAUAGACGGUCUGCUCCGGCAAGCCAUUUCACUGAAGGAACAGAUCGGCGGCUCGCAGGGUCGAAGUGCUGUGAAACCUGCAAUUAAUCCAAACGAUACACCCACACACACUUCAGUCACACCGCCCUGACUCAUGGAAAUCUUUCUCUCAGGAAAAGAACUUUGGAUCCUAGCAUGCUAAAGGACGGAGGAGAAAAGCACAGCUCUGGGAUAUAGACUGAAGAAGAUCUGGAUAAAAACGUAUACCAUAUUCACCUUAUUAAUGAUGACUGCUACUCUAGACUAUGGAAGCCUGUUGUCAGGUUUAAAAUAAGAAAUAAAAUCAUCAUAACACGAGUCAUAAUUGGGAGUUGCAACGCCGGGAAUAUAUUGAAGUUGCGAGAUUAAAGUUGCAAGUGUCAAAAAUCAAUGCAUUUGCGAGAUUUAAUGUAACAUUGUAGCAUAGUCGCAUUAUAACAUUUAAACACACAAUUGUGAAAAUUACUGUUGAAGAAAAAAGUUGCAACUCCAAGGGAAAAAGAUGCAAUUGCGAAGAUAUUGGCAUUGCGAGGUUUAAUAUUGCAUUGUGAAAUAAAUUCAAAUUAUGAGAUAUAAUUAAAUUUUAUAGUGCAAGUAAAUGAUAUAAAGUAGUGGUGCCAUUUCUUUCUGAAACAGGCUUCCUUAAAGCAAAUCCUUUGGUAUGUAAGGAUUAAACAUGACAUUUAUAAGCUGCUUGGGGUGUUUUGGUUACAGUUUUUUUCACAUUUUGCACAUUAGUUCUUCAUUUGUUAUAACACGGUCAGCGUAAUUGUUCUGUAAAUGUGUAUAUACCGAACUCAAUGAUUAAAGUUUUUAAGUAUAAUUCA